CUGAUGCGGAUUGCACCAGCUCACACAUUUACAUAUUACUUUGACAUGCUGUACACGUCUAUUUGACUAAGGAGAGAGAAGACUAACAUUGGUAUUGACACAAUUAGAACAAAUAAGUACACAUGGUUUCCCUUUAUCUUCUCAUCCUUGUCUUUGUCCAUGGACCAUCAGGUUGCAACAGCCUUUGGACGGUGACAAAAAGUACUGCAAAGAGUGGUGGAGCCAUCACGAUCCCCUGUCACUACCACCGCAUGUUCAGAGACCAUGCCAAAUACUGGUGUAAGGGCAGAACCUGGCCCUUAUGUACAGUGAUGGCAAGCACCGACCCAAGGCGGAGCAGAGGAGGCAUGUCAAUCACAGACAUCCCAGAGGAGCUGGUCUUCACUGUGACCAUGGAGAACCUACAGGAGACUGACACCAACAGGUACUGGUGUGCUCUGAAAGUGGGCAGGAUAGGCAAGCCGGAUGUUAAAGUUUCCGUGGACCUCACAGUCACCCAAGGCUCUCCUGAUCUGUCAGUGGUUGAUGAGCUGGUAUCUGGUGAGGAGGGGGGCAGUGUCAGUGUACAGUGUCUCUACAGUGACACACUCAGAGGCAAAGAGAAGAAGUGGUGCAGGAGUGGGGACCGGCAUUCCUGUCAGACACAGACAGACACUAGCCAGAAUGCAUCUGUUGUGAUCAGUGAUGGCAAGAGGGGAGUGUUCAAUGUGACAAUGAAAGAACUAGAGAAGAAAGAUGCAGGCUGGUAUUGGUGCUCUGUUGGAGACCUACAGGCUGCAGUUUAUAUCAACGUCACUCAGAGAUCCACAGCACACAGGAACACUGCAGAAGCAGUGACUACUCCAACGCUGCCCAUGUCACACUCCGCAUUCUCGACAUUCACAGACUCCACAGCUACCUCUGCCUCAAAGACAAACCCUUCCGCCACAGUAGACUCUGCUCUGACAACAUCCUAUGGCUCUGCAACUCCAUAUCCAUCCGUCUCAGUUCCAUACAUCACAAUCCAUUCUUCCACACUGACUUCUUCACUAACAACAGUACUACCUACAUGCUGUCCUGCUACUGAAUCUACAGCUACUAACAAGACAAUCAGAAACCUGCCCUGGCAUGCUCCUAUUCUCAUUGUGUUGGCCAUGGUGUUGUUGGUUAUUGUUGUUAUGGCUGCAGUUAACAUCUAUAGAUCUUCCAGGAAUAAUAUCAGACCUGUGGAAGGAGAGAUGACUGAGCUGGUGAUAAAUCAAGAUCAAUAAUAUAAAUUCAAAGAGCCUAAAAAUUCAUUUGGAUCAUAAAAAUGACUUUACGUUUGCUUUAAUAUCAACCAAAAUAAUCACAUGUACAGUAAAUGGAUUGUAGCAAUAACAUACAAUCAUAAGAGCACACAUACACACAAAUAGAUAUCAUGUGUAAUUAGCUAACGUUACAAAACAAAUCAAUAACUGAAUUAAAAGUUCAGGAAAAAGCAAUGUGACUACACAUUAUUGUACAAUAGCAUUCAUCUUUAGGUAAGGUGUGUAUCUUUAUAACAGAACUGAAAGAGCUAUAAACAUUUGAAGAUGUCUUUCAAAAACCUGACAUACUGGAGACUGAGAUGAUCUUAUGGAUCCUACGUGAGGGGGAUUAAAAUUAU